AUGGUAGGCUUGGUGCUUCUGUGGCUCACACUGAGCACUGGGGCCGCGGUGGCUAAGGCAGAAGGAAGCGGUCUCUGCUCAAGGAGCCAGGUGUUCUUCAGAGACACUUGCUAUGAGUUUGUGCCGCUGGAACACACGUUCCACGGUGCCCAGGGCUGGUGUGAACGGCGCGGAGGUCAUCUGGUCUUCAUCCCUGGUGAAGACACCCAGCAGUUCCUGCAGAGACACAUUACCCAGGACAGAGAAUGGUGGAUCGGGCUCACGGGAGGCACAGCGCACAACGGUACUACAGGAGGCUCUGGGAUCUGGCUGGACACCUCGAACGUGAACUACAGCAACUGGCGGGAAGGGCAAGCCACGCCCGCCCCGGGGGCCUGCGGCUACAUCGGGAGUGGUCCUUCAUCCCAAUGGGCUGCCGUAGAGGAUUGCGCUCAGACCUUUGCCUUCAUCUGCGAGUUCGGGGUCGGCCACAGUCUGGCUUGUGAGGGCCACAACAUCACCAUGCACUGCGACUCAGGAGAGGUCAUCCUAGUCCAAGAUGCUUUCUACGGGCGCCAGACCCCCUAUUUGUGCACCCGGGGUAUCUGGCCUCCCCCAGACCUGGAGGGAGACUGUGACUGGGUCAGCGUCAAGGAUGAGGUGGCAGGCCAGUGCCAGGGGCUGCAGGCAUGCCAGGUUGCGGCAGAUGGGACCUACUUUGGAGACCCGUGCCCCACUAGGGGCAGCUACCUGUGGGUGCAGUACCAGUGUCUGGAAGGCCUGCGGCUGGUGGUGCCCAACGGGAGCUUCGCCUUUGACAAUGUCACCAUCUCCCUGAUGUGGCUCCUUUCUCCCUACACUGGAAACCUGUCCUGUGUACUCAGCAUGGGAGAUGGCUAUACCUUUGACCCCUACUACCCUGCCAGUGUGUCCAGCAAUGUGACCCACCAGUUCACCUCUCCCGGGGAGUUCACGGUGUUUGCUGAGUGUACGACCAGCGAGUGGCACGUGACCGCUCAGAAGCAAGUGAUCCUCCGAGAGAAGAUGGAGACGCCCCGUGUCACUGGGUGCUCUGGCCUGUCUGGAUCUGGAGCCGGCCUUCUCUGUCAGGCUGUCUUUGGGGAACCCCUGUGGGUUCAGAUGGAUCUGGAUGGAGGAGUCGGGGCGACUUACGCUGUGCUUUCGGGUAAUAGAACUCUGGCUGAGCUCACCACCCCAAGGGGCUCGCAGCUUUACAAUCUGACCCUGGGGAGAGACAUCCAGGAGCUGCUGGGCCCUGGGAGGCACCACCUGAAGAUCCAAGAUGUCAGCACCAGCACGGCCUCCGCCCGUUCGGGAACCUUCACUGUGCACUUUGUGGAGCUGCUGUCGGGGCUUCGGGCCUCCUGGGCUUCUGACCGCGUGGAGCUCGGGUGGGACUUGUUGGUCAAUGUCUCGGUGGCUCAUGGUACCCUGGAGGAGCUGACCUUCGAGGUGGCGGGACUCAAUGCGAACUUCUCCCGGAAGGAAGAGAGCGGUGGGCGGUCAUCUGGGAGCUACCGCGUGGCUGUUCCUGAUGAAGGCACCUUCCUGGUCACUGUGCACGUGCGGAACGCUUUCUCAGACCUGAGCUUGGACAUCGGGAACGUCACGGUCACUGCCCCUUCCAGUCUCCGAGAACUGUCUGGAAUGAAAGCCAAGCAGAGAACGUGGACCAACAGCAAGCAUCAAGAGUGUGCGCUCGAGGGUGUGCCCAGAGGGGACGUGAAGAUCGGGAAGGUGGCUCAGUGGGGACACAAGCGGGACAUGAAGGUGUUCACUGAGCCUGAACUGUACGUGGACCCUUUCACAGAAGUCACACUGGGCUGGCCGGAUGAUGACCCAGGCUUGGACUUCCACUGGUCCUGUGGACAUUGCUGGGCUCAGUGGAAGACCUGUGUGGAGAGGCAACUGCUCCACACAGACCAGAGGUUGCUGGUGCUCCGUACCUUCUGUCUGCCACCUCUCAACUCUGCUGUCACCCUGCAUUUGGCUAUCCUACGGGGCCAAGAACUGGAGAGAGAGACAGAACGGUGCAUCUAUGUGUCUGCUCCCCUGGACCUUGGGCCUCAAAUCAGCUGUCAGAAGAACUGCCGACCAGUGAAAGCCGACCAAGAUGUUCUGCUCACCGUCACUGUGGGAGAUGAAACCCCAGUGGCCAUGUUCAACUGGUACUUAGAUGACACCUCACCAGAGAAGGCCCAGGGCCUCCCAGCAGCCUGCAGACUCAGAGGAUUUUGGCCACGAUCACUGACCCUCCUUCACAGCAACUCCUCUGUGCUGCUACUGAACAGCAGCUUCCUGCAGACCUGGGGACCUGUUAUUCACAUCCGGGUCACAGCACUGACCGGCCACGCCUACGGGGAGGACACCCACGUGAUCAGCAUGCUACCUCCACCUGAGGUGCCUGCCUGCAUGAUUGACCCUGAGGAAGGUUCUGUACUGACGAGCUUCGCCAUCUUCUGCAGCACCCCUACGGCUCCGGGCCCUGUGGAGUACUGCUUCUGUGUACAGUCAGGUUCCUGCCUCCACUGUGGCCCCGAACCAGCCCUUCCUGCUGUGUAUCUGCCACUUGGAGAAGAAAAGGAUGGCUUUGUCUUGACAGUGGUCAUCUCUGUCACCAAUCAGGCAGGGGACAGAGAGCAGACCCACGUGGCAGUUAAGGUGGGACACGAUGACACGGGUGUUGAAGAUGUGACAUUCCAGGAGACUGUGUCAGAGAGAAUCACCACAGCUCUGUACCACGAGCAUGGCCAUGAAGAGCUUCUCCUGUUGGCCAAGGCUGUGUCCUCUGAACUCAACAAGGAGGACCAGGGCCCAGGCUCUGGGCAACUCAGAAUGGACAUCAAGCGGAAGGUCAGAGAGCUCGUGCUGAGAUCACUGUUCACGGUCACCACCUGCCUUGAGAACAUGCAGAGGGUCCAGGCUUUGGCUGAGGCGCUGAGAGAGGUGACUCAUCACAGUGAGGAGCUCACCCCUGUGGCCCAGUGGGAGGCCAGCCAGGCUCUGCAGCGUAACACUGAAGCCCUGUUGGCAGCCAAGGUUCAUCCCAAGGAUCAGAGACGCCAGGAAGCCACGAGAGCCAUGUUCGAGGCUGUGGGGAAUGUUCUGAAAGCUUCCCUCAGCCACGGAUCAGAUGAGCCUGCAGAGGCCAACAGCAGCCAGGCUCACAUUGUGGCCCAGCUGCUUCAGGUGGUAGACCAUUUGCAGAGUGCCCUCCUGCUGGGGACAUUGCCAGGAGGCCUUCCCGCCAUCUUGGCCACCUCCUCCGUCUCUGUGUACACAGACAGAAUACAGCCAGGGAGUUGGCAAGGCUCUUCGGUGCACACUACUGCCGCGGACUCUGUGAUCUUCACCCUGCCUGCCGCCAGCUUCCUCUGCCCCACGGAGGACAGCCAAGAGCCUGUGGACAUAAGGAUGAUGAGUUUCUCACAGAACCCCUUCCCUUCCCGAAGCCAAUUUGAUGUCAGCGGAACUGUCGGUGGACUUCGGCUGACCAGCUCCAGUGGCCGUCCCAUCCCAGUGAAGAACCUGUCACAGAACAUCGAGAUCUUGCUGACCCGGAUUUCAACACGCAUCAAGCCAAAGACACUGAGCUUGGCCACCGGUGACGCUCUGUCAGUGAAUGUGACAGCAGGGGAUGCAGCUCUCGGGAUCCAGCUGCACUGGGGACCUGGAGUCGCACUCACACUCAGCCUGGGCUAUGGCUACCAUCCCAAUGAGACCGGCUAUGACGCCCAAACACGCCUGCCUGCUGUGGCCGACGCAGGUGAUCUUCCCACAUGGAUCCUAUACCCAGAGGACUUGCCCUUUGGAGAAGGAAUCUACUAUUUGAGGGUGGUCCCCAAGGAUGAUCUGGAGUCUACCUCUGGCAGGAACCUCACAGUUGGCAUUACCACCUUCCUGGCACAUUGUGUCUUCUGGGAUGAAGCCCAGGGGACCUGGGACAGCUCUGGGUGCCGGGUGGGCCCACAAACCACCACCUCCCAGACACACUGCCUUUGCAACCACCUCACCUUCUUCGGAAGCACGUUCCUGGUGCUGCCCAAUGCCAUCGACGUCCGCCAGACUGCUGAGCUCUUCGCUACCUUUGAGGACAACCCCGUGGUGGUUACCACAGUGGGCUGCCUCUGCAUGGUCUACGCGCUGGUAGUGAUCUGGGCCAGGAGAAAAGACAUACAGGAUCAGGCCAAGGCAAAAGUCAUAGUUCUGGAGGAUAAUGAUCCCUUUGCUCAGUACCACUACCUGGUGACAGUCUACACCGGACAUCGACGAGGGGCAGCCACAUCUUCAAAGGUGACUCUCACCCUGUACGGCUCAGAUGGAGAGAGUGAGCCCCACCACCUGUCAGACUCUGAUGCUGCAGUGUUUGAGCGAGGAGGGGUCGAUGUCUUCCUGCUUUCCACUCUGUUCCCCCUGGGAGAACUGCAGAGCCUCAGGCUGUGGCAUGACAACUCUGGGGACCGGCCGUCAUGGUAUGUGAGUCGGGUGCUGGUCUAUGAUCCUGUGGUGGACCAGAAAUGGUAUUUCCUCUGCAACUCGUGGCUGUCCAUCGAUGUUGGAGACUGUGUCCUGGACAAGGUGUUUCCUGUGGCCACAGAGCAGGACAGGAAGCAGUUCAGUCACCUGUUUUUCACUAAAACCUCCACGGGCUUCCGGGAUGGACACAUCUGGUACUCAGUCUUCUGUAACUCCACUCGGAGCAGCUUCACACGUGUGCAGAGGGUGUCCUGUUGCUUCUCGAUGCUUCUCUGCACCAUGCUGACCAGCAUCAUGUUCUGGGGGAUCCCUAAGGACCCAGCUGAGCAGAAGAUGGACUUGGGCAAAAUUGAGUUCACUUGGCAGGAGGUGAUGAUCGGGUUGGAGAGCUCCGUCCUUAUGUUCCCCAUCAAUCUCCUGAUUGUCCAGAUCUUUCGGAACACCCGACCUCGUCUCCUGAUGGAGAAGGAUGGGAAACGGAAACAGGGACCCCCUCACCCGACUCCCUUACCGCAGCCCACGGAGGAGGGACUUCUGACACCUGAAACACUGACCAAGGGUAUACAGAAUCUCAUCAGCUCACUGUUUAAAGCCCUGAAGGUGCCGCCCCCAGCCUCAGGCUGGGACUCUACAAACCAGAUGGACAUUAACUCCCUCCUCGCUUUAAUGGAGGACAUAGUCUCUCCAGAGAGCACAACAGGACAGGAGUUCUGGGAGGAAGCCAGAGGGAGAGAGGACCCUCUCACCUUCACACAUGGGUCUGUUAAACCGGAAGAGAACCCAUGGCACCCGGGGCCCCGGCUGGCGGUGAGCGACCUUUGGAAGGACAGCAUCUACAGGCCAUGUCUCUACAUUCGGCUGGAGCGUGUAGAGAGGAAGCUGCGACUGGUGGGGCCCCAAGGCUUCCGGCAUCCUCACAGCCAUGCCCAGACCCUCAGGCAGCUACAUGUCCUGAAGGGCCACCUCUGGGGACAGCCUGGUAUCCCGGCACUAGCAUAUACCAGCACUCCUUGGGCCAGCAAAUGCCCUGGCUGCCUGCCCUGGUGGUGUGUCCUAGUGGGCUGGCUCCUGGUGGCGACCACCAGUGGGGUGGCAGCCUUCUUCACCAUACUGUACGGCCUGCACUAUGGAAGGGCCAGCUCCCUCAAGUGGCUCAUCUCCAUGGCUGUGUCCUUUGUGGAGAGUGUGUUCAUCACCCAGCCCCUGAAGGUGCUGGGCUUUGCUGUUUUCUUUGCGCUGGUUUUGAAGAGAGAGGAUGAUGAAGAGACCUUACCUUUACUUCCGGGACAUCUGUCUAGCCCAGGUCCCCAUGUCUUGUCCCAAUCACGGAGGCGCAGCAGCAGGGAUGCUUACCGGCCUCCUCCCGCUGCUGCCAUUGAGAAGAUGAAAACCACACGCCUCAAGGAGCAGAAAGCAUUUGCUCUCAUCAGAGAGAUCCUGGCUUACCUGGGCUUCCUGUGGAUGCUGCUGCUGGUGGCCUACGGGCAAAGGGACCCCGGUGCUUACCACUUCAACAGACAUCUGGAACGGAGCUUCACUCAAGGCUUUUCAGCUGUUUUGGACUUCAGAGGGUUCUUCGAAUGGGCCAACACCACUCUUGUGAAGAACCUAUAUGGUCAUCACCCAGGCUUUGUCACCGACGGGAACUCCAAGUUGGUUGGCAGUGCCCACCUUCGCCAAGUAAGGGUCCGAGAAAGCUCUUGCGCUGUUGCCUGGCAGUUACAGGGUUCUUUUGAUGGAUGCCGUGCGCCAUAUUCCCUGGAUGCUGAAGACCUGGCAGACUAUGGAGAAGGCUGGAAUGCCUCUGCCCACAAUAGCAGCGAUGGCUUCCCUAAGGUGUGGCAGUACCAGAGCCAGAGCCGACGCCAGGGUUAUCCCACGUGGGGCAAACUUACCGUGUAUCGGGGAGGAGGCUAUGUGGUCCCCUUGGGGACUGAUCAUCAAAGUGCCUCAAGGAUUCUCCAGUACCUCUUUGACAAUAGAUGGCUGGACACCCUGACCAGAGCGCUGUUUGUGGAGUUCACUGUUUACAACGCCAAUGUUAAUCUGUUCUGCUGUGUCACACUCACACUGGAGACCAGUGGCCUGGGUACCUUCUUCUCACACGUGACCCUGCAGAGCCUACGCCUGUACCCCUUCACGGAUGGCUGGCACCCCUUCGUGGUGGCGGCUGAGCUCGUUUAUUUCCUCUUCCUCUUCUACUACAUGGUGGAGCAGGGCAAGCUCAUGAGGAAGCAGAAGUGGGGUUACUUUUGCAGCAAGUGGAAUCUUCUGGAGCUGGCCAUCAUCCUGGCCAGCUGGAGCGCCCUCGUGGUGUUUGUAAAGAGAGCCAUCUUGGCUGACCGUGACCUCCAGCACUACCGGAAGAACAGGGGCGAAGGGGUCAGUUUCAGCGAGACGGCAGCGGCUGAUGCUGCGCUUGGUUACGUCAUCGCCUUCCUCGUCCUGCUGUCCACAGUGAAGCUUUGGCACCUGCUCAGGUUGAAUCCCAAAAUGAACAUGAUCACGUCAGCACUGCGCCGUGCCUGGGGUGACAUCUCAGGCUUUGUCACCGUCAUUCUUACCAUGCUCCUGGCUUACUCCAUUGCGUCACAUUUAAUAUUUGGUUGGAAACUCCGUUCCUACAAAACCCUCUUUGAUGCGGCAGAAACAAUGAUCAGCCUUCAGCUGGGGAUCUUCAACUAUGAAGAGGUCCUGGACUACAGCCCAGUUCUUGGCUCCCUCCUCAUUGGGUCCUGCAUAGUCUUUAUGACAUUUGUGGUACUGAAUCUGUUUAUCUCUGUCAUUCUGGUGGCCUUUAGCGAGGAGCAAAAGUCUGACCAGCUCUCAGAGGAAGGAGAGAUUGCGGACUUGCUCCUGAUGAAAAUCCUCAGCUUUCUGGGCAUCAAAUGUAAAAGGGAAGAGACUUGGAGCAGCAGUGAGCAGCCGGAGUUGUCCCCUAACACUCCAUCCCUUCAGCCAGCACAAGCUUUGCCCGGGAUUUAA